UGCGGGCAGCCAGUGGCAGCAGAGGUCGGGGUAUAAAAGCCUCGGUCCGUCAGCUGGCAGAGUUGGGCAACCCCUAAAUCUGGUGGACAGGAUCUGAUCCCAGGAUCUGUUACCUCUUUUCUUUCCUCUUGAGCAGACGGAGCGAGACGAGCAGCCAUGACGAAGAACUGCCAUAACGACUACAAGAUGAAGUUCUCCACAGACGAGGAGUUCCCCGAUCUGUCCCAGCACAACAACCACAUGGCCAAGGUGCUGACCAAGGAGAUCUACGGCAAGCUGAGGAGCAAGUCCACCCCCAGUGGCUUCACCCUGGAUGACGUCAUCCAGACCGGCGUGGACAACCCCGGACACCCCUUCAUCAUGACCGUGGGCUGCGUUGCCGGUGAUGAGGAGUCCUACGAGGUCUUCAAGGACCUGCUGGACCCCGUCAUCUCCGACCGUCACGGUGGCUACAAGCCCACCGACAAGCACAAGACCGACCUGAACUUCGAGAACCUGAAGGGAGGUGACGACCUGGACCCCAACUACGUCCUGUCCAGCCGCGUCCGUACCGGCCGCAGCAUCAAGGGAUUCACCCUGCCCCCACACAACAGCCGUGGCGAGCGCAGAACCAUUGAGAAGCUGUCCAUUGAGGCUCUGGCCAACCUGGACGGCGAGCUGAAGGGAAAGUACUACCCCCUGACCGGCAUGACCGACGCCGAGCAGGAGCAGCUGAUCAACGAUCACUUCCUCUUCGACAAGCCCGUGUCCCCCCUGCUGACCUGCGCCGGCAUGGCCCGCGACUGGCCCGACGGCAGAGGCAUCUGGCACAACGACAACAAGACCUUCCUGGUCUGGGUGAACGAGGAGGAUCACCUGCGUGUCAUCUCCAUGCAGAAGGGUGGAAACAUGAAGGAGGUCUUCAGGCGCUUCUGCACCGGCCUGACCAAGAUUGAGGAGAUCUUCAAGAAGCACAACCACGGCUUCAUGUGGAACGAGCAUCUGGGCUACAUCCUCACCUGCCCCUCCAACCUGGGAACCGGCCUGCGCGGUGGCGUGCACGUCAAGCUGCCCAAGCUCAGCACACACGCCAAGUUCGAGGAGAUCCUGAGCAGACUGCGUCUGCAGAAGCGUGGCACAGGUGGAGUGGACACUGCCUCUGUGGGCGGCGUCUUUGACAUCUCCAACGCUGACCGUCUGGGCUCCUCCGAGGUGGAGCAGGUGCAGCUGGUGGUGGACGGCGUGAAGCUGAUGGUGGAGAUGGAGAAGAAGCUGGAGAAGGGCGAGUCCAUCGACGGCAUGAUCCCCGCCCAGAAGUAAACAGUGGACAGACGACGUUGAACGAAUGACUGUUUCAUGAGUUUUUUUUUAUAUAUAUAUACGAUAAAAAACGAACGGUCAGCAGGCCGCUCUCCAUCCACCGCUCCGCUCGCCACUGGGCCUACCUCCCUGUAACACCCUGGGAUCGAUCCGAGCAUAGUUGGCUCCCGGCUAUGUUGACGCACCAAUAUUUGGGUUGUAAAUUAUAACUGGACAAUUAAAAAUGCCCCAUGAA